AAGGCGCAGUAAAGUAUAAAUACUGUGACUUCAAUAGAGGAUCACCAGCAGGUUCCCCAACUCCGCUAUACCAAAGGAGGAGGAAUUGGCUGAGAAGAUAUAUUUUUUCCCCACCUUCAUCCACAGUUUGGCUUGCAUUCACCUAUCAUUUUCAACGAGCCGCACCAUUGAUGUCUUAAGCAGCGGAGGGGGAGAGUUUGCGCGUAUGUGUGUGCGCGUGAGAGAGAGGGAGUGAGUGUAUGGUGUUUUUUCCAAGAGGAGAGGAAGCAGUGAUGGAAGAGCUCACCGCUUUCGUAUCCAAGUCCUUCGAUCAGAAAGUGAAGGAGAAGAAGGAAGUGAUAACCUACAGGGAGGUGUUGGAGACCGGGGCGACGCGAGCGGGAAGCAGGGAGUCUUUAACCGCGGAGCCCGGGAGCCGAGAGGAGGCGGCCGCUCUGGCGCGGAACGUGGCGCUUUCUCCGGGCAGGGAGGCAGACAUGCUGGGGCCGGAGAGGAUCAGGGACGCGGGGAGUCCUAAACACAUCGACGGCGCCACGGAUGUGAAGGAGAGGAAAGAGGACUCCAAACCCAUCGAGGAUGAAACGCAAACAAAAAUCAAGCAGAGGAGAAGUCGGACUAACUUCACGUUGGAGCAACUCAACGAGCUGGAGCGACUCUUUGACGAGACCCACUAUCCGGACGCCUUCAUGCGGGAGGAGCUGAGCCAGAGGCUGGGACUAUCGGAGGCCCGGGUGCAGGUUUGGUUCCAGAACAGAAGAGCGAAAUGCAGAAAGCAGGAGAACCAGUUACAUAAAGGAGUCCUAAUUGGAGCAGCCAAUCAGUUUGAAGCUUGUCGUGUAGCGCCAUAUGUCAACGUGGGGGCUUUAAGGAUGCCAUUCCAACAGGAUAGUCAUUGCAACGUGCCGCCCUUCUCCUUUCAGGUGCAGGCGCAACUGCAGCUGGACAGCGCCGUGGCUCACGCGCAGCACCACUUGCACUCUCACCUGGCGGCGCACGCGCCCUACAUGAUGUUCCCCGCCCCGCCGUUCGGGUUGCCCCUGGCGACGCUCGCGGCAGAGUCGGCCUCUGCCGCCUCAGUAGUGGCCGCCGCAGCCGCGGCAAAGAACACGAGCAAGAACUCCAGCAUCGCCGACCUGAGACUGAAGGCCAAAAAACACACGGCGGCGCUGGGGCUGUGACAGCAAGGAGGGGACUGAGGACACACUGAACCAAAACUGCUUCAAAGUGAAGGGGGGAAAGCGUUAUCCACGGACGUAAUUUAUGUUUUCUCAAUGGAGGACGACUACAAUAAUAAGAUAUAGGCUAUUUAUGAAAGACAAUAAAAAAUAAAAAAACUGUGACGUAAUAGCCUACACACACGCGCCCUGAGUGGCUCACUGGGUGGACGGCAACACAUGGACAGAUACCCGGAGGAAGAGGAGGAUGCAGCUGGGUUGGCCAAUUCUUUGUCAAACAAGGCGAACCAUUCUGCGUUUUCCUGUUUAACUAUUGUGUUCUUGUUGUUAUGAUUUCGUUUCGAUUCUAUAUAGAGGCUGGCCUCAUAAUAUUACAGAAAAACCAUGCUAAAGCAGUGAGGGUUCUUUGUCAAACAGAAAAAAAGAAUAAUAAUACGGACGAUAUCUCUCCCUCCACUGUUUUGUCCAGUUUAAACAUGCCUCUGCAGUGUUUGCAUGAGUUUGUGAGCCCCCCCUUCCACUCCCAGCCCCCCCAUCCCCUAGCUGUCCAUCCCUCUCUAUUGAAAAUUUGGCCCCCCUGACCUUUAUUGGACCUCCCAUGGUUGAAGGUGAAACUGGUAGAUUAUAAAGAAAGAUUAAAGUUCUUUUUACAUUUUUUUUAAGAAAUCAUAUUUCGAGCCAAUGUCCAUAUAAUUAGCCUAAAAGGUAAUUUACAUCCCUUUUUUUCUUUUUGUCUAAGCUAGGCAAAUCUCAUCAACAAAUGGCCUCUCUAACACUGACUGUAUGCGAACCGGUACGGGCACAUGUAAAAUAUGUUAAUACUCAAGAAAAGAAAGAAAGAAAAAAAAAACAUAAAAAAACAGGCAUUAUUUUUUAUGAUUUUGUGGAUUUAUGAAUGCCUCGUUGGGAACUUGUCCAUUUUGUAUUACUUUCCCCGUGCAUUAAAAACAUGUGUUUUCUGUAUGUAAUUUGAAUGUUUUUUAAUAGUGAACACGAGCUCACCCAAAAAGCACGGGUUUCUUAAAGGGGGAAAAAGGAAUGACAUAAAAUUAUUUUUUGUUCCAUCACAUGUGAAACGUGAAA